UCGCCGCCGCCUGCGCAGCCGUCUUCGCUGCCGCCGCCACCCAUGGUCCUAGCUGACCGAUACUUCACCCUCCAGGGGCUUUAUUGGAGGGUGAUAGGAGAACCGGCCCCACAGGCCCCCCUGGAGGGGGAAAGACUCGCCACACAGCUGGGGCAGGACUUGGCCUCCUUCACUCCAGAAUCCCCUUACUCAGAUCUGGAGAGAAUUGCUGAGGACCUCCGGAGGCUAAUCAAACUCCGGAGAGCCUCGGCUGUGACUUCCGAGUCGCCGCCAUUGCCGGCGGACCCCGCUCCCGUGCAGCCACCGCCUGCGCAGCCGCCUUCGCUGCCCCCUUCGCCUGCUGCAGCUCCAGGGCAGGCGCCCCCACUGCAGCCUGCUGCAGCUCCAGGGCAGGCGCCCCCACUGCAGCCACCUGCAGUUCCUGCAGAGGCGCCCCCUCUGCAGCCGCCUGCUGCAGCUCCCGGGCCGGCGCCCCCUCUGCAGCCGCCUGCUGCAGCUCCCGGGCCGGCGCCCCCUCUGCAGCCGCCUGCUGCAGCUCCCGGCUAA